AUGAAUUAACUAUAUCUCCCAAAUAUUUAUUUAGCAUACUACUCAAGCCUUAAUGGAUUUAACAUUCAAGAACAAGCUCAUGAUUCCCUCUAAACAGCUUCAUUGAAUGUUGAUGCUCCUCCUUUCUUUCCCAAGCAAUAGCAGAAUGCCUUAAGAUCAGAACUAGGCUUGAACUCAAUGAAUGAAGUGGUUAGGAUUUACAGAAACCCCAAAGUUAUUCCACAAUUUAUCUCUUGUCAGUAAGGCUAAGUUGAGCUUAGCCAGAUUCAAGAAAAAUCUGUAGUAUCUCAUCUUUCUCCUGUAAAUGAUACACUAGGCCUCAAUUCUUACACUUUUACCUAUACCAACAGUUUGCUAUCUCAAGGUAUGAUUGACGAUUUGAAGUCCUAGUUUUUAGACUAAAAGUUAUCUCAUGAUUGCAUUCUUACUGAAAAUGUGCAAUUAUGCAUCAAAAGCAGUGAUUAAAUUUAAUCACAGUAAAGCUUGUAUUAAACUCCCAAGAAUGAUAUUAAUGAAAAUUCAAGCGAUCUGAUCUUUAAUUCCCAAGAAAUCCUUGAUAUUCUCACCAACUAAGUUCCAGUCAAAAUUCAAAAUCAGAUUAAAUGCUUAGAAUCAGGCAUAAAUGUAGACUCAGUUGGCAAAUAGCAAAUUAAAGAAGAAAUUGCUGUGAAUAAAGCAAAAAAAAAGAAAUAAAAGAAGUCUUAGAUAUUCAACUAGCCUUAUGGUUUGAGGCAAGAAAUUGCUACGAUUCCAGAGCGAAGAUUUUUAACAAAUCUUGAAAAAAAAAUCUCCAGACUCUCUAAGCAUGAAUGA